AUGAAAGGCAUAAUGAGGGUAGGGAAGGGAUUUGAUUUGGAGGAAAGUGGAGUGAGUGAGAAGAGAUUUGGUGUUUCUCUUUCUUGUGGGAUCGGAUCCAUUGACUUUGUUCAAGGGUCAGAAAUCAUUGGAAGAUGGAAAUGGGAUACAUUGACUUUCCCAAGAAAAGCGAAACAUUCCCUCUACCAUCUCUGUCACAAUAUGCAUGGUUUUGUGGAACACUUGCCGGGGUUUGAGACUGAGCGAGGCUUUUUAGAAUCUGAGUCUGUUCAUUUUUUAGAUGCUUGUGUUUGUCCUUUUACCAUCUCUAUAUUCACAGUCAUUGCCAAUAAUGCGCAGCUUCUAUGCUUAUUAACAAAGAACAACAAGGAGUGGACGAUUCCUGCAGUCCUAUCUAACAUCUUAGGUGGCCUUGUGCUAAAAAGGUUCAAAAACAUGGCUCAACAGGAUGAGGGUUGGCCUCUGGGUUUACUCCAGCCAGUGAAUGCAAGGAUUGAAUUGGUGAGAAAUAGUGAGAAUGCAGGGACAGGGUCAAUAUCAUUCAACACAUUACUCACUGCUUCUCCAUCUUCCUCUUCACAUUCUUCAUCUGAUUUAGACACUCAGUCGACGGGGUCUUUUUUUCCAGACCAAAGUACCACUCUUGGGAGUCUAAUGGGUGUGUCUAGCAUUGUGGAAUUAUCAAAAAGAUCUCUGAGAGAAACCAAAACAGAACUCUUGAAGAGCAGGAAGAAGUUGAAGUUGAAGUUAUGGUCAUGGUUUUUCUGUUUGGGUUCAAGGAGUAGAAAUGGUGAAGCUGAGAAAAAUAAUCCCCCAUCUCUCGGUCAAUUUCUUGCAGUGGAAAGAAGAGUUGCUAGUGAAAACAGAAGGAACCAAAGCCUUCAUUUUGAGCUUGCAUUGGCUGAAACCAAUAUUGUAGAACGAAAUUCAGUUUUUAUGAGUGGCACCUCCUUAAGUCCAAGCCAUAGCAUUGGAAAAGAGAGAAAAAGCAUGGAAAUAAGGCACGGCAACAACAAAGGGUUUGGUUCACUCUCGGAGCCAUUUUCAUGCAUGUGUGGGCAAAAUUGCCUUUAG